AUGUCCGGCUCGCUCGCAACGUACGCGCUCCUUGCGCUACCGGUGCUCUACGUGCUUGUGACGCUUCUUGUGCCCCCCCAACGCAACCUGCGCCAUAUUCCGACAGUCGGGGGUCCGUCCAACCCGUUCCUCGCCUGGAUCGGUGCACUACGCUACGUCUCGCACUCGGCCGAAAUCCUUCGUGAGGGCUAUGCCAAGUGGUCGUCGUUCCGUGCAUUGCGGCGUGAUGCUCGCAGGACCGCACAUCAUCUUGGGAGUGUUUACAAAGGAGGCGUAUUCAAGCAUGCCGAGCCAGGAGGCUGGUGUGUCGUCGUCACGGGCUCACGCAAGAUCGAGGAGCUGCACCGCGCGGCCGACGACGAGCUGUCGUUCAUCGCAGCUACGAAUGAGACGCUCCAGGUGCCAUACACGCUCGGCCCGAACGUCGCGAGCAACCUCUACCACGUCCCGAUCGUGCGCUCGCAGCUGACGCGCGCACUGCCCGUGCAGUUCCCAGAGUUGCGCGAUGAGAUCGUGUGUGCGUUCGGCGACGCCGUUGGGAUGCCCGAGGAGUGGAAAGCCGUGCCUGCAAUGGAGGUUGUGAUGGACGUCGUCGCUCGCACGAGCAACCGGCUCUUCGUCGGCCUCCCGCUCUGUCGCAAUGCUGAUUACUGCGAGCUAAACAAGCAGUUCACCAUCGACGUCUUCACGGGCGCCGCGAUCAUUAACCUUUUCCCGAGCGUCCUCAAGCCAAUCGCCCGGCGCUUGCUCACGAAGGUCCCGCAGCGCAUCGCGCGCGGCAUGAAGCACCUCCAGCCCAUGAUCGAAGAACGCUUCCAUCUGAUUGAAGCGCACGGAAACGACUGGCCGGACAAGCCUAACGACCUGCUCCAGUGGCUCAUGGAUGCCGCACAGGGCGAGGAACGCACCAUGCGCGCGCUCGUGCUGCGGGUACUUACGGUCAAUAUUGCGGCUAUCCAUACCUCUUCCUUGUGCCUGCAGACGUUCAUCAAUGCGCUGUACCUCCUCGCAGCGUACCCGCAAUACAUCGCGCCUCUCCGUGCAGAGGUCGAGGCGGUCGUCGAGAGCGAGGGAUGGACGAAGGCUGCGAUGAACAAGAUGCGCAAGGUCGACAGCUUCCUCAAGGAGUCAAACCGGUUUACUGGUCUUGGCGCUAAGUCCAUGACGCGCCUGGCACUCAAGGACUUCACGUUCUCGGAUGGCACGUUCAUUCCUGCGGGCACUACGAUCUCCGCGCCGGCGCACGCAGUCCACUUUGAUGAAGAUAUCUGGCCGAACGCAGACGUCUUUGAUCCUUUCCGCUUCUCGAGCCUGCGCGAGGAGGAAGGCGAGGGCGCGAAGCACCAGAUGGUCAGUACCAGCCUAGACUACAUACCCUUCGGCCACGGACGGCAUGCCUGUCCGGGGCGGUUCUUUGCUGCGAAUGAGCUCAAGGCGAUGCUGGCGCAUGUUGCGGUGACAUACGACGUGAAGAUGGAGAAGGACGGUGUGCUGCCGCCAUCAAUGUGGUUCGGAACGGCGCUUGUGCCUAACAGGAAGGCGCAGAGCCGGUUCAGGGAAGACACCAAGUCAAAGGUGUGUCCGAAACUGCAGAGCACGCCCGCCGUGGUUCAUGCGAGUGGACAGGCGACGUCUUUGAGUAGUCUUGCGAUGGCGGCGAUGGUCGACCUGGUCGUUUCCCCAAUCCAGAUCCAUUAUCUUUGGACGAGCCGCACGGGGACGGACCACCUCAUCAAUACGCUGCUCAUGUACAUCGUGUAUGAUGGCAUCGAGCUGGGUGUCGUGGAGCUGGAUCAGAGAGGACACUAG